AUAUUCCACCAUCGAUCUUCACAACACAGAGGAUUGCAGGCAGGUACCAUACAAGAUUAAAACAGCCACCCACCAGACUCAUGCGUCCUUCUUUUUUAGAUUUUCCCUUAAUCUCCCUUCUACAUGGAACAAACAUUUCACCACGUCGAAGACAACAUUGGAGAAUCUUGAAACUUCAAAGUUUACUUUCUACACUCUACACUCCACCUCCUCCUCCCCACACAUACCAGACGCUACAUCUUUUUGACGACGCCUUCAGAACACUGAACCUCUCUCCACCCCUUCUUCUUUUCUACGUUUAAUUACCUACUAGGUAGCAUUAACCCAUCCGGCCAUGGAAUACUAAGGUUAUCACUAAUUGUGAACCCCGGUAUAUAUAUGAUAUCUUCUCUUGAUAUCUCAUAAUAUAUACUAUUCAAUCUGGCAAGAUGUCUUCGCAUCAGUUGGUGGUUCGCUCUCAACGGCGUCAUGUGAAAACUCUUCCGAAAGAGUUCGAGUGUCUUGUCGACGGUGCUUUGCUCCCCAUUGACAAGUUCUCCCAAAACCAAAUCUCCAAGUGGGUUAAGCACAAGCAAGGCAUCGGAUUGAUUUGUAAAGAUCAUGCGCGAUCUGAGCAGCGUGAAAUCAAAUGCCAUGGCCCUUGUGACAAAAUCAAGUUGAAAAUGCAUUUUAGCAAGAUCCAACGCAAUGAGCUCGAGCCUUGGUGUAUUGUGUGCACUGACUGGAAGACUCGGUAUAGCGAUGGCAAGGAUGCUCCAAUCGUUCCCCCAGGCGGCGCGCGAAUCUGUCAUGCGAUUUCCGAGGCCAUCACUGAUGACGGUUCUGAGGAAGACAUGGACGAACAUGGUUCAGUUCCUGUGCAAGAAAGCCAGCAGUACAUAAACAACCAACACAGCAACGGUACUCAUGAAACCGGUUCUUCUUCUUUGUCCGGGGAUGGGCUGUGGUUAUUGCAAGGCGCCAAUUUCAACAGUGAUGAUGAUGACGAUGAUAAUCGCGGUGGUGGUGAUACUGAUGGUGAUCCGGUUGUGGAAGGGAUAAAUCUAAGCUCUGUCCAGGUUAUACCCCCGAGUUCCCCAGCGGAGCAGCAAUCGACCAAUUUUUACAGUCUUUACGGCUGGGAGAUGCCUGAUGGCCAAAAUCAUCAGCACGAUUCACGUGAUCAUACCCAAGAAGGUUCUUCUAGCAGCCACAAUAGUUCUAAUGGCAAUUAUAACCACGACAGCUCUCUUGAUGAUCCGUCUCAUGUCAACCUUCGCAGCACAGAGGCUGUUCAGGUCGGGCCUAAUAUCACGCCCAAGACUCAGAUCGGAUCUCGAGGAACCAUAUCAUACGGACGUUCCAAAUGGUACAAAGGGGACACCCGUAAGGUAUUUCUAGCCGAGCCAGAGUACGCCGCUUAUUCAGAAGAUCGUCCUGUCAUCAGGGACCCAAAUUGGAGCUCAGAUGAUGACUUCUAAGUGGGCCUUUCUGCUAAGA